AUGGACGUGAGCGUGGAGGAGACCGAGCUCGACGUCGGCUCGGCGAGCGACGAGCUGGAGUCGUCGGUCGCGGAACCGAAGCUCGCGCGACGCCCGACACCGCGGCCCUUCACGAUCGAGAGCCUGAUCGGUAGCGCGCGCGAGGACCACGACACCGGCGGCGGCGGUAUUACGCGGGACGACCGGACGAACGGCGAGGAGGAGGAACACCGGGACCGGGAAUACCAGCUCUAUCAGAGGCACUACUUGGCGACCGCGGCGGCCACCACGCUACCCUCGGGUUUCGGCGUGCCGCUUGGAUUGUACAGCGCUUGGCUACCGAUGCGAAUGUACGGUGGCAGCGGUGCAUCUGGCGUCCCGAUGCUACCGCCGCAGCAUCCGUCUGCUGGCUACGCGGCCCACCCGGAACUGCAUCAGAGCCGACUGUCGCAGCCCUCCGCACCGCCGUCCAGUCAUCCGCAGGGGUACUAUCCACUGGACAGUUGCCGUCGUGUCGCGAAUCAGCGUGCGCCGAGUAGCUUCACCGACAGCGAGGACGAGGACGGCAGCGUCGGUUCGCCGGCUUCGCCAGCUCACGAUCUUUCUAAAUCCCGGCACGGUUCGGAAAACGGUCGUGCGUCAGCCGAGAGCGACGAAGAAGGUGGCGGAGCAGCGGGUUCCGGCGAGGGUCACGACGUUUCCGACGGCGUCGCCAGCGGUGCCGGCAAUGCCGUCCCGAGUCCUAGCAGGCCGCUGGAGAACGGACAGAACUCGUCAGCGUCGGGUGCCGGUGGUAACAAAGCUCGCCGGCGACGUACCGCGUUCACCUCGGAACAGCUGCUCGAGCUUGAGCGCGAAUUCCACGCCAAGAAGUACCUGAGCCUAACAGAACGCUCGCACAUAGCGCACGCGUUGAAAUUGUCGGAGGUGCAGGUGAAGAUCUGGUUCCAGAACCGACGUGCCAAGUGGAAACGGGUGAAGGCCGGGCUGAGCGGCGGAGGCGUCGGCGUUGGUUCGGCGGCGGCAGCCAUGUCGCCCUCCGGCGCUUCUGGCCGCCACAACGGUACCACGGGGCAGCAUACUUCCGGUACCAGAAUCGUGGUGCCGAUACCGGUGCACGUGAGCCGCUUGGCAGUUAGAUCUCACCAUCAUCACUUGGAAAAGUGCGCGAGGGCGCCGCGCGCGAGACCGACGCCGGCUACGGGCGAGGGCGGGUCCGUGGGAGCGACGUCGUCGGUGUUGGGCGAUACCUUGGGACUGGUGAACACAUCGGUGAACCUGACCGGCCAGGUACAGCCGCCCCUCGGUGCUGGUAUGGGGGUAGAAAUUGGGGUCGGGGGUGGCCUAAGGGCCUUCGCGGUGCCGGCGCAUCGAGCCGGUCUCGGGUCCUCCGGGAGGUAG